AAUGGGUGUAUAAGUUGGGUGAUGGAAUGAGUUGGGUGGGGGAUGGGCGUAUAAGAGGAGAGAAACACUUGUUCAGGUUCACAGAGGACCCAAAGAUACAGCAACCUAAAGUAAUGAAUGUAAUAAUGGAGCUAAGUUGAGCAGUUUUAGCUCAUAAAUCCUGUUAUUCUGAAUCUACCUCUGGUUUUUUUUCAUAGUUUUUAAAUUAAAGAAAAAUACAUUUUAAAAAUUAUCUGAACCCAGAUUAGAGUUUAGCUUUUAUAGUUUUAUCUUACAGUGUUCAUUUUCAGUCAUUCCUUUCUAAUCUUUCUAGUGAGCCAAAUAUUUUGUUGCCAUUUAUUUGUUGAUAGCCAAAGUAGCAAUUCAACUGGACUUCUACUCUAAUAACAUAAAACUGUGGCUUGUUCAUUCAAGAACACCACUGUCUUCAAAAUAUUUGGACAAAGGGUGUUGGUGAGAAGACCGGGCCACUACUCACCAGGUGGGGACUGGAGGUCAUGAAGGCUCCCAACCUUAUUGCUUGCACAAGAGGUGGCCUCUCAUGUCUAUUUUCCAGAGGAAUUUCCUUUUAAUGAGUAAGCCAGUUGGUGGUUUGCCUAGUGCCAUCUGGAGACCUGGAAGUGUCACAGAAGUUUGUUCAGCCUUUUAGGUGUUGACUCUGUGGACUUAUCUACUGAGAUGUGGUGACCUUCAUGGGGGCGAAUGCAGAGAGCUGUGGAGUUGGGUUUGACUCCUUCUGGCAUUCAGGCAGAAAUGCGUGUCAUUCAACCCCCUUCCAUUCCUGUUGCCUAUGCACUGGCCACUUGGCCUUCCCUGCCAUUUGGUGACAUUUGUCCCCUCCAAGUUCCUUCCUCCCACCUGCCAGUUUCUAACCAGAUCCUGCCCAUCCAGCUCCAUUCUGUAUGUUACAUGCCCAUUUGAUGAAAACAGCAUGAGGCAGGUCAAUGUUGCAUUUAUUUCUAAGAGCGAGGACAAAACAUGAGUAGCAUCCUUCCAGUAGUUAACUUUUAGCUCUUUACUGGUGUGAAGAUCAACCAUCAUUAUCCUGGUUGAUAGAUGAGAAGACAGAUGACCAUAAAUGCAAGAAAUGCAGUUUAAUAUGAAGCCCAGCGCUCCCUAUUGACUAUUUUGUCAAUGAUGAAUGUGAAACCAUGUGGAAAUCCAAAAAGAAAGUUGUCCAUUUUUCUGCUUGCAGUUUAAAUUGGAAAAGGAUUCUACUGAGCACGAUGCAAAAUAUCUCUACACAUACACUUUUGUAUGUUAAUAGGAACAUUUUACUCGUAUAAAAAGAUCUUUGAAAAGCCUCACAGUAGUAAUACUUUUUGUAUCUCUAAAUCAAAAUGGCUCAGUUCUGACAAUUUUUACAUUUAAGGUACAAAGUAGAAGUGGGUUUCAAAUAGCUCUUGAUUAGUCUCCUAAAUUAUUCGGGCAUGUGUUUUUAAUUGGCAAAAAAAUAACCAGACUUCAGAAAUUGGUCAAUUUUAUUCCAUCAAGUUAACAGUGAGUGGAUUAUUUAAUAAAAACAUGUCUGUAAUUCAACACAAAGAGCACGUACAGCUGUUCAUUUGUGUCUUUUUGACUGUAUGAAGCCUCUUAGACUGUUUCACUGAAAGAUAGGGGCACCGAGAGGGGAAAUCUGUGGGCUUAAAUCUUUUCUUCCUUACCUAUCGCAGCCGCUAGGUUAGGUUAGGUAGGUGCCGCAGCAAGCGCCCUUCAUGGCUCGACUAGAGGAUGUGGAGAGAGCUAUGAGAAUCGUAAUCCUCGACUUUUUUUUUUUUUUUUUUUUUCUGCACUGAAAGGGACAUUCACUCAUCCCUGCAGAGAAGCAGCUGCCCGAAUGCAUACAGCCAGCUGGUGGUGACACGAACCGCGCACGCAGGGCUCCCGGUCCAGCGCUCCGAGCUCUAACCACUGUUGCAGCCUCCGGCCACGUGUGCAUCGGGGAGUUGUAAAGUGAGUUAGGGAAAUAAAACGAGGCGGGAACCCCAGCCUCGAUCUUCAGGAGUAGCGUUCUCGGGGGUCAGAGGCCGUGGUGGUGCCCCGGGCAGGCGCCUUCGGCUGGGUGGGCGCAGAGCUGGCCCCCGGCCCUUGGCUUCAGCAUCUUCACCUCGCUCCCCUUCCUCCGAAGUUGCGGAGGUGCCGGGAAGAGGAGGGGCCUCGCCUCGGGCGCCCGAGUGAUUGGCUGUCCAGGGCCCCUGGCGAGGACUGUUUGGUCCAGCCCUGGUGGAGAGGGGCGGAGCGGCCACUGCUCCAACCACCGCCGCCACCGCCACAGUCGCAGCCGCCGCAGCCUCGGCCGCCGGGCUAGUAGCUCCGAAAGGCGGCUUCCCAGUUGUCCUGACGAAGACAGGGGGCGCCGCGCUCCGCUUGCUCCGCGCCGGAGCCAUGCCCGGCAGCCCAGUGUAACCACCGAGUCCCGGCUUCAGCGGACCGACCCAGUGCACCGUCUUUCGCCAAGCUGAGCUUUCGUGCACGCAACUCCCUCUGCCCCCGCCGGCCCCGCGCCACCAUGCCCCGGGUGACUGCACUUGGGGCCCUGGUGUCACUGCUGCUGCUGCCGCUGUCUCGCGGCGCCGGGGAGCUCGGAGAGCGCCCGGACGCCGUCGUGGACUACUCGGCGCUGGACGGCGAGGAGGGCACCGAGCAGCAGCUGGAGCAUUACCACGACCCUUGCAAAGCAGCUGCCUUUUGGGGAGACAUUGCCUUAGAUGAAGAUGACUUGAAGCUAUUUCACAUCGACGAAGCCAGAGACUGGACCAAGCCGUCCGUGGGGGCAGCGGGACACAGCACUGGUGGGCUUGAAGAGGAGGCAUCUGAGAGCAGCCCAAACGCCACAGCCACGGACACUGGCACCAAGGAAGCUGGAAAGGAUGGCCCGGAGAAUUCCACUCUCCCGCACAGCCCUGGGACCUCGCAUGCCGCAGCUGAGACCGUCUCCCCGCGGGUCCGCAGAGCCACAACCUCAAGGACAGAGAGGAUAUGGCCGGGAGGAGUCAUCCCCUACGUCAUUGGAGGGAACUUCACUGGAAGCCAGAGGGCCAUUUUUAAGCAGGCCAUGAGACACUGGGAGAAGCACACAUGUGUGACCUUCAUAGAAAGGACCGACGAGGAAAGCUUUAUUGUAUUCAGUUACAGAACCUGUGGCUGUUGUUCCUAUGUUGGGCGCCGAGGAGGAGGCCCACAGGCCAUAUCCAUUGGGAAGAACUGUGACAAGUUUGGCAUUGUGGCUCACGAGCUAGGCCAUGUGGUUGGGUUCUGGCAUGAACACACCCGGCCAGACAGAGACCAACAUGUCACCAUCAUCAGGGAAAACAUCCAGCCAGGUCAGGAGUAUAAUUUCUUAAAAAUGGAAGCUGGGGAAGUGAGCUCUCUGGGAGAGACAUACGACUUUGACAGCAUCAUGCACUACGCCCGGAACACCUUCUCAAGAGGCGUUUUCUUAGACACCAUCCUCCCCCGUCGAGAUGACAAUGGCGUCAGGCCAACCAUUGGCCAGCGCGUGCGGCUCAGUCAGGGAGACAUAGCUCAAGCCCGGAAGCUGUACAAAUGCCCAGCAUGUGGGGAGACCCUGCAGGACACAACGGGAAAUUUUUCUGCACCUGGUUUCCCAAAAGGGUAUCCAUCUUACUCCCACUGCGUCUGGAGGAUCUCGGUCACCCCAGGGGAAAAGAUCGUCUUAAACUUCACAUACAUGGAUUUGUUUAAAAGCCGGCUGUGCUGGUACGAUUACGUGGAGGUCCGGGAUGGUUACUGGAGGAAAGCCCCCCUUUUGGGCAGGUUUUGCGGCGACAAGGUCCCGGAGCCCCUGUUCUCCACAGACAGCCGGCUCUGGGUGGAGUUUCGCAGCAGCAGCAACAUCCUGGGCAAGGGCUUCUUUGCGGUGUACGAAGCUACCUGCGGGGGAGAUAUUCACAAAGAUGCCGGUCAGAUUCAGUCUCCCAACUACCCGGAUGACUACAGACCUUCCAAGGAAUGUGUCUGGAGGAUUACGGUUUCGGAGGGGUUUCACGUGGGACUGACCUUCCAAGCUUUUGAGAUCGAAAGGCACGACAGCUGCGCAUAUGACUACCUGGAAGUCCGGGAUGGCCCCACGGAAGAGAGUGCCCUGAUCGGCCACUUUUGUGGCUCUGAGAAGCCGGAGGACAUGAAAUCGAGCUCCAACAGAAUGUGGAUGAAGUUUGUGUCCGAUGGCUCUAUCAAUAAAGCGGGCUUUGCGGCCAAUUUUUUCAAGGAGGUGGACGAGUGUUCCUGGCCAGAUCACGGCGGGUGUGAACAUCGCUGCGUGAACACACUGGGCAGCUACAAGUGUACCUGUGACCCUGGCUACGAGCUGGCUGCCGAUAAGAAGACGUGUGAAGUGGCCUGUGGCGGUUUCAUUACGAAGCUGAACGGAACCAUCACCAGCCCCGGGUGGCCGAAGGAGUAUCCCACAAACAAAAACUGUGUCUGGCAGGUGGUGGCCCCCGCUCAGUACCGGAUCUCCCUUCAGUUUGAAGUGUUUGAACUGGAAGGCAAUGACGUCUGUAAGUACGACUUUGUGGAGGUGCGCAGCGGCCUGUCCCCCGAUGCCAAGCUGCACGGCAAGUUCUGUGGCUCGGAGACACCCGAGGUCAUUACCUCACAGAACAACAACAUGCGCGUGGAGUUUAAGUCCGACAACACGGUCUCCAAGCGCGGCUUCAGGGCCCACUUCUUCUCAGACAAGGACGAAUGUGCCAAGGACAACGGCGGGUGUCAGCAUGAGUGCGUCAACACCUUCGGGAGCUACCUGUGCAGGUGCAGGAAUGGCUACCGGCUCCACGAGAACGGGCAUGACUGCAAAGAGGCUGGUUGUGCACACAAGAUCAGCAGUGCAGAGGGGACCCUGGCGAGCCCCAACUGGCCUGACAAAUACCCCAGCCGGAGGGAGUGCACCUGGAACAUCUCUUCGACUGCAGGCCACAGGGUGAAACUCACCUUUAAUGAGUUUGAGAUCGAGCAGCACCAGGAAUGUGCCUAUGACCACCUGGAAAUGUACGACGGGCCCAACAUCCUGGCCCCCAUCCUGGGCCGUUUCUGCGGCAGCAAGAAACCAGAUCCCUUGGUGGCUUCGGGCAGUAGUCUGUUUCUCAGGUUUUAUUCGGAUGCCUCAGUGCAGAGGAAAGGCUUCCAGGCAGUGCACAGCACAGAGUGCGGGGGCAGACUGAAAGCCGAAGUGCAGACCAAAGAGCUCUAUUCCCACGCCCAGUUUGGGGACAACAACUACCCGAGCCAGGCCCACUGCGACUGGCUGAUCGUGGCGGAGGACGGCUACGGCGUGGAGCUGACAUUCCAGACCUUUGAGGUUGAGGAGGAGGCCGACUGCGGCUACGACUACAUGGAAGCCUACGACGGCUACGACAGCUCAGCGCCCAGGCUCGGCCGCUUCUGUGGCUCUGGACCAUUGGAAGAAAUCUACUCCGCAGGAGAUUCCCUGAUGAUUCGAUUCCACACAGAUGACACCAUCAGCAAGAAAGGCUUUCAUGCCAGAUACACCAGCACCAAGUUCCAGGAUGCCCUGCACAUGAAGAAAUAAUGCUGAUGUUCCUGAAAGACAGGCAUUGAGAGUGUUUUGUUUUCGUUUUACAACAAUAGCACCUUGAAAAUCAGCCCUAAAACAGUGUACAGUAUUAUUCUCAAACAAACACUCAGAAUCCAGUCAUGGAGGUAUAUAUUUGAAUGAAAGUACAUGUAAGUUUGGCCAACAAGGUGGAGAGAAAAUGUUCUUUUGAUUUUGGCUGCAAUGUUUUCACUCAUGAACUGUUAAAGAAAAUUACGGUUGAAGUCUCUGACCAUUCAAGCUAUGCUUGUACAUGCCCAUUCUCCCUGUCCCUUGCUCCCAUGUGGCAAAAGGCCAACCUUGAGGUUGGUCGUUCCUCUAAUCUGGACUUGCUUGCAAAGGUGCCAGGCUGUCUUCUGUCUAUAUUGGGCAUAAGAGAUGAAAGCUUGGCCAUGACUAAUGUGUGACUCACAGCUUUGGCUGGAAUUGUUUUCUUUCUUUCUGCCAGGGACAUGGCAACCAAGAAACCUGAAAAUAUGGAUGUCAGGACUUAAAAAGGCACCACACUGAGCAGUGUUCACAGAGGGAGUUUCGAGUAUGAGAAUCAUUGUCAUGAAGUUAGGAGACCACAGGCCAUUUCUCUGAGUCAUUGGCUCUCCUUGUCCCUUUGGUUCCCCCCAUCCCUAAUUACAGUGGGGGCUGAGGCAUCCAUUAUGAAGACAGCAGAACAUUUGCUGGCAAGAGUGCUGUCUGCUGAGAAGACAAUAUUGUGGCUCGUCCUGAUAGUUUUUCAUUCAUUGACUUUGAGAAGACUCCACCUGUGCUUGGAAUUCCAUGGGCUUUGAAGAACAUUUCUUCUUUUAGCUUUGGAGGAACUUCCCGUGGCACACUGGGACUCUGACAUCCAGUUCAAACUGCAUUUGCAAACUGUGCAAAGACAUCUUACGAGGGACCAAUUCAGGUCCCUCGUGGGGUGAACACUGCUGAAGACUGGUUAAUUAUAAGUUAUGUAAAAAUCAUCGCCUUGUGGAAUAAGUCAAUCAGUGACUAGCUUCCUGUAGCCAACCAGGUUAAAGAGUGCAUUGGUAACAUUGCUUAGAUUAACUAGUAUUCAAUCACCAACUUGCAAUCAGAAUUCACAACACUUGGCACUUGUUCUAGAGAAGUGUAGCGGAUGUUUACAUAAUUGUAGUACCUCAAGGUAUAAUUUAAACAGUGAGGUAGUUUUGAAUGGCAUUUCAUUAAGGCAUCUAUGGGCAUUAUGAGCUAAAAGCUGUGGUAUGUUAGCUUUAAAAGAGUAUUUAUGUUGGAAUAAUUUUUAAAUAAUGUUUACAUAACUAUAAGUCCUGUUUGGUUGGUGUGGAACACAGGGCGGCACACGCGUGUUUUUGGUUAGAGCCAAGAUCGCUCCCAUGCACCAGAAUUCCUUUGGAAUGAAUCAGCAUCAUUUUAGACAAAGUAUUUGUAAAAGGUAAAAGGUUAUAUUUUUCACAGAUCAGAAUAUGCCACCAGAGGACUCUGUCUCAUUAAAAUGAUUGCUGGGAGCAAAAACUAGAAUGAUACAAAGAAAAGUCAAAGAAAUGCAUGGGAAUAUUUUUUCCUUAAAACAGAAAAAAAAGUAUUAUUAUUAAUAUAUGUCUGUAUAUAUGUAUGUAUGUAAAAGAUCAGCUGUCAAAGCCUUAAUCAAUGCAGUGUGGAAAACGCCAACCCCCUGCCUUCGCUUUACUGUGGGUCCUGCAAGAUUGGCUCUCCGUUUCCCGCCUCUCUUCUCACCAAGUUCUGUUUUGGCCUUUCUUGGCCCUGGACUGAGGUUCAGCCGACACUCUUAUAUUGUGCAUAUGGCAGACCCUGCCCAGCGUGCGCUUUGAUAUGGCAAAUGGAGCAGCUGACCUUCUGGCUCCAAUCCCAUCUGCCUGUUAGUGUAGAUUCCAUUUCUCUAAUUUUUGUAUGUUCUGUGGUUUUAUUUGGUCUCAUCUUGUCUAUCAGAGUUGAAAAUGGAACUGGGAUACUUAAGAUGGCUGUUAAGGUUCUUUGUCCAAGGAAAUAAAAGUUUUGUAGUUUCAAGCUUUAGAAGUCUAAGCAAGAUUAACCCAUUUCAUAGAAGAGUGGGAGGGAGUCAGAAACAGAGUCGGUGCUUCACAGCAAGAUGGCGAAACAAUGAUACUUCUUAUCUCUUUUGUAUGAACAUUUUCAAAAACACAGCUUCAAUGAUUGUCACCAUAUGGCCAAUUUGCAACAAUGGGACCCUUAUGAAAAACCUUUAUUUAGGCCUCCAGUGUGACGUAUCUGCAGAAAAGACAAGCCCUGAUUCAGCCAGGGCUAGCUGGGCCGCUUCUCUGGAAGCCCACACUUGUGAGGACUUGGGCAUGACACAGGUUCUUGCGAAGAACCUCGAGGCUGGCUUCACAAGAGAGAGUCCAUUCAGCAGAAAGACCCAGGCCUCUCUGCCUUGGUGUUUGCAAUUGCUCAGUGACCGGCCUGCAAACAUCCCCAGAAGCAAACAGAGGUAGAAGGUGCCACUGCAGCCUGCUUUGUGCUUAAAUUGGGUGCCAAGCUUUGGGAAUGACACUGAGCUGCAAGAAUAGUUUCAGUUCAGAGAAUUGUCUUAGGACAAACAGGCUGAUGAAGAAUUUGGGGGUCUGGGUUUCCAGCCUGGCUCAGUUCUGCAGUAAACUGGUCUAGCAAAAGCUAAAGCUGGAUUGCAGGGCAGGAAAAGGCCUGGAAUCAACUUCAGCCAGCGGAAUGUCUUCAAUCAGAGAAAGAGAGGCUGUUCGUUGACUCACUGUUCCCUCUAUUUUCCACUAAGGUAAAUAUGUAGGGUAAAUACCUCUAAGAUGAAGUUUCCCCUCUAUUUCUAUUUUACAAUUUCUCUCUAAAGCAAGCUUGUUCAACCCAUGGCCCAGGUCGGUUUUGAAUGUGGCCCGACACAAAUUCGUUAACUUUUUUGAAAUAUUGUAAGUUUCUUUUCGUGAUUUUUUUUUAAGGCUCAUCAGCUAUCAUUAGUGUUAGUGUAUUUUUUGGCUCAAGACAAUUCUUCUUCCCAUGUGGCCCAGGGAAACCACAAGAUUGGACACUCCUGCUGUAAAGUUUCAUAUUACUCACAAAUUGCUCAGCUGGUUUAAAUAAUUCGUAAAAUCCUGCUAACUAGCAAAUUCACUUUGGGAUUUUCUAUUGAUUGGGUCCAUUGGGUAACUUUCAGAUUGGUACUGUUAGCAUUCCAUUUGUGAAUGAAUGUUCCCUUGGCUUCAGCAGAUGUUUUUAAAGUUUCUUUUGUAGACUGAACUUCUGAACAGCAAUUCCAAAUGCCUAAAAGUUUUCUUUUUAAAAAGGAAAACUGUUUAAAGUGUUAUAUGUAAACAUAUCAGUAUUUUUAAUUUUGUGUAACUUUAUGUUUCAUGAAAUGAUGUCAGUUUCAAAGAGAAAGUGGAGAGCACCUAACAUGUCUCUACCUAGAAAGGAUGGUUUCAUUAAAGAAUGUGGGUUUAUU